AUGGCGGCGACGAAAGCCCUCCCUGUCAAACGAAGGCGAGGACCGCCAAAGACGCGCUCGCCCACUUUUGCUGGUGACGUGCAGGCCCUCAAGUCUCCCCUACCCCAGCGGGAGGUAAAGAAAAUUUCAUCCAUCGAAGCCCUAAAGGAUGCAUUUUCAGACCUAUGUCAAUCACUUUUGGAUGAAUUUAAAAAGGCAACACUAUCUAAUAUUCCACCAAUCGAGUCUGCAAAUGCGAGCAAUUUUGUCCCUUUUGUCAAUAGAAUUAAUGUAGUUUCCCUCCCUAUUGACGAAAAGAAGACCGAAAGUAAUGCGGUCAUUUCUCUUUCCAGCUCUGAAAAUGAAAUGCACAAUUGUUUGGCCAAAAAGAAGCCAAAACGAGCCCCAAUUAAAAAGAUAGCGGUGCAAAGAAAAAAGCCAACGCCACCACCCCCUCCUUCUUUUCUUCCUUCACAAAUUGAGGAAAACAUACAAACACCAGAUGUAGCUCUUGAUAUAGAUGUCCCCGAUGUGCAGACUGCUGAUAUCGACACAGAGGCCUUUAAUAUUGAUCCCAAUUUCGAACACGCUGAUAAAGCUCAAGAAAAAAAGGAUUGCCGUUUUGAUGCCACUUCAAGCAUUCAAAACGACUCGGAAAACAGCACCAUGCAGCAUCCGAAGACUUCUGAAAAUUUCGUUUCCCAAAAGGGCCAGUUUUCUCAAAGAACUCGUCUUGGUGCUGGGCUGAAACUGCCACCACCGCCUCCAUUUCCUAUAGCCCCUGCUCAGAAAAGACAUGCUUUUCCUGCCUCAAAUGCAUCAAAGGGGGAAAAGCUUCGACAGGCAAUUGCAGCUCUUUCCUCCGAUGCCUCGGACUUGAUGCAAAGUGAACAAGAAAUGGGAGAUCCAGACUCGGGGAUAAAGCAAUGUGUUGGAGAAGACCACAUAAAUGAUAAUUUGAAAGACGGCAUCGAUAGCGAAAAUUCAAACACCAAAGAAUCUAGCCUUGGAUCUCCAAUUCUAAAAAUGGAGAGGAUAGAUUUAAAAGAAGGCGAUGACAUUAGCAAGAUCCUUGAAAGCCCAGUUUUGAUACAUUCUUCCGAUUCGAUCCAUAUGUCCCCUGUGAAAGAAAAUCUUGAAAGGGCUUCUACUACUCUAUGUGAUGAUUCUUCAUCAGCUAAAGUGCCUGUUACUAGCCCGACUGGCGUUCCCAUUUGGAAAAGAUCUAAUCCUCUUCAAAGCACCUCUCCUCUUCGCCUUUCUCCUGCGGCCAACAGGAAACGUCCAUCAAUCAAAGAAUUUUCGAAUAGCUCGUUGAAGCAUCGAACACAUGCCCAAGAGCUGGAUCGACAACAUGCCUGCGUAAAAAAAGCUUCGAAUCCCUUGGCGAAAUCUUUGGACACAUUUUCAAGGCCCUUGGGUUCAUCAUCGAACUUUUUCCCUUUAGAUUGUUUGGAGCCUUCAAAGAAACCCUUGAAUUCAUCUGGCGCUAUUUUUUCCAAGUACCCUGAUGCAACAACUGUUCCUAUCGCCUCGCUUCCAAACACCACUUUUUUGAAUCAAAAAGAAAAUCUUGCCAAUGAUGUUAAUAGCAAGAGUAAUGGAAAUUUGAGCAAGGGUCCUUCAAGUGCUUGUGCUAAUCAGAGACUUCCUUUAGAGCUGUUCUCUGCAAGCAGGGCAAAGCUUGAUUUGUUGGGCGCUAACUCUCCAAAAGAAAAAUCAAUUAGGCCCAAUAGCACAGUGUCACCUAUGCCGAAAACGGCAUCGCAAACGAUAUCUAAAAUAAAGAACAAGGUCGCCGCUCUUCUAUCCUCUUCAACACGGGUUGCGUCUGCUGAUAUGAACAAGGCGGCGGCCCCACAUCGAAGCAAGCAAACACCUGUAAAGACGCCAAUUGGAAAAACAAUCACCCCUGUUUCUUUGAAAGCAAUUAGCUCGAGCUGCGUCAAGCAUCAUCACCAGCCCGCUAUGACUCCACGCUCGCCCGCAUUGACCCCCAUUACUAGGACAAGAGGCACAAAGCCCUCUGAAUGCAGGCCCACGUGGGUAAUUACGCCAAAUCUUCGAAAGUCGCUUGCAAGCCAGUCUUGUAUAAAUCCAGAGUCGAUAUUUGGGAAUAUAAAGAAUCUCUCGCUAGAACAGAUGUUUCCGGUAAGCUCCAGGCGGCAGCAGAAACCAAGAGGCUCGUCUGCUGUUUGGGAGGGAUCCGAUGAACUUACCGAAGCAGAAAGAUCGGCGUACAACCAUUCCAUGGGAUACGGCAAAAACGGCCACAACUAG